AUGACAGAGCAGCAACAGCGAGGGGGGGCCCCCCCGGUUGCUGCUGUUGCUGCACAGCAGCAGCAGCAACACCAGCAACAGCAGCAUAAACACCAGCAGCAACAGCAGCAGAAGCAACAGCCGCAACAGCAGCAGCAGCAGAAGCACCAGCAGCAGCAGCAGCAAAGACCUGUCUUCCGUGUGCAGCUACCACGGGAGCUGCUCUUUAAGCCGCUAUUACCUGCUGCAGUAGAGCAGGCCUUAGGGCCCCCUGCUGCAGAUACACCUCAAGUGUCUCUUGAGGAAGCAGCAGUCAGGGCGAUAGAAGCGUGGAUUCAUCCAUCUUCUGUUGAUGCUCCUUCACCUGCUGCUGCUGCUGCUGCUGCAGCUGCUGGGGAGGCAGCGUACAUACAAGAGGAGACAGAAGAAGACAGAAUGCUGCUGCUGGCUGCGAAGCUCUCUGCUUUAUUACAUUUUUUUGUCUCUAAGGAGACAGACCCCUUAGCUACUCAUACACUCAGCACCUGUCUCCCUGCUCUUCUUCGUUCUCUUUCCUUUGUAAUCUCUUAUCUUUUUAAGGGGCCUAAUGGCAGCAAGCGGCUUAGACUCUCGGUUGCUGCAGCAGCUGCUGCUGCUGCUACUUCCUCUUCUUCAUCUUCUGCAGCAGCACCAGCAGCAGCAACAGCAGCAAGCGCCCCCGCAGCCGCUCCAGAAGCAGCUGCAGCAGCUGCAGCAGCUGCAGCAAGAGUUCCUCCCAGUCAUGUGGUGUAUGGACAGUAUGCAUUUGACUUUGCAAAGGAAUUCAAAGCUUGCUUCUCUGGUGUACAUGCAGCUCCUCCUCUUUCUGGCGAAUCUCCUUUGCCUCUACCUGCAGUCGUAGGCAUCACUUUCCCUGUGCUGCUGUUUCCGAAGACAGCAAAUGCUGCUGCUGCAGCAGCUGCUGCUGAUGUUACUGGUUCCGCUCUAACAGCCGAUGCUGACGCUGCUCCCGCUGCAGCAGCAGCAGCAGCUGCUGCUGCUGCUGCUGCAGCUGGUGGGGUCGCGUCUUUGUCUUACGAAGAGGUGAGGGAAGGAGAAGUUAUAUUGGUCGGGCCGGGGCUGCGGUUUGCAGUGUUGGAGUGUAUUGGCAGCUUGCUGAGGAGAGCAACAGGCCGGGUGUCGUAUAUGUCUCUUGUGGAGGGAUUAACAAGUGCUGAGGUGUCUGUACACCUGAAGGCGGUGCUGCUGCCGGGUUUGAUUGCUGCAGCAGCAAAAGUAAAGAGGAAGAGAGACAGAUUUAUUACGCAGCUCUGCUCUCUCCUCUUAAACAAAACGCUGCCUAUCAAGCACCCGCAAGCAGGAGCAAAGGGGCUAGCCAAGAUGCUGCCUGCUGCUGCACAGCGCUUGCUGAAUAUACACCUCAAACACAAACCAAACCAAGACCACCAAGGCCAGCAGCAGCAGCAGCAGCAGCAGCAGCAGCAGUUGAUUCGAGGCUCCUUUCCUGUGCUUUGUGCGGGGGAAGAGAUGUCGCUGCCGCUGCGGCUGCUGCUGCUGGCGCAUGCAGCAAGGGCUUUGGCUGCUGCUUUAGAGCAGCAGCAGGGGUCGGAAGAGGCAGAGAAGGAGACAGAGAAGGAGACAGAGAACGAUGGCGGACAAGAGACAAACAAAGACAAAGACAAACAGCGUGAUGAACCUCUAGUUGCUCUGCAUGCGCUGCAGUCUGUUAUAUAUAAGGCUUUAAAACUCUCCAUUCCCCUCUUGCCAGACCCUUUCAUGUCUUCCUUUGCUGCUGCUCCUCCCCUUCAACAGCAGCUGCAGCUGCAGCAGCAGCAGCAGCAGUCAGUGCUAAGGAGGGACUGCCAGCAGCAGUGUCUCCGUCUGUUGUCUCUCCCAGAGAGAAGCCGCAGGUGUCUCUCCGCCGCCGUUCAGCGGGUCUUAGAGGCCCCCCUAUCUCACCCUCCUCCUUUCUUCUCCUCUUCAUGCCAGCAGCUGCAACAGCAACAGCAGCAGCAACAGCAGUGGCAGCAGCAGCUACAGCAGCUACAGCAGCAGCACCAGUGGCAGCAGCAGCAGCAGCAGCAGUGGAGUGCGGAGGACUUGUUUUUGUGGGGAGCUGUGGAUGCUCUGUCCCUGCAGUGCUGUCUGCUGAUGACGCGAGGAGAAGAGACAGUUGUCUCUUCUUUGCAGCGGCUGAACGUCUGUGCUGCACCUCCACCGAAGCAAGGAGACAUGGAAGUAGGGCCCUUAGGGUGCGCCUGUCAGGUGUAUGCGCAGCUUAUUCUGCAGCUUGGGGGCCCCUGUCCUGUCCCUUCUCCUAUCUGUAUCUCUCACCGCGCAGUUUGGUCUCUAAAGGCUGCAUGCAUCUUCAUGCAGCACGCCGAUGCUGCUGCUGCUGCUGCAGCAGGUGCGGGGGCCGCAAGGCAGCAGCAGCAGCAGCAACAGCAGCAGCAGGCGCACCUCGAAGCAGCAGCAGAAGAAGCUGGCAUAUGGAACGAGGCGCGCUGGAUGCUGCAGCGUAAAGCAGAGCAGCUGCUGCUAUUUGGGGUCUCGCUGCUGCCAGUUGUGCAGCAGCAGCACCCGCAGCUAUUCUACACCGCCCACAGCUUCCCGGCUCACCCCGCGCUGCUGCUACUGCUGCUGCUGCUGCACAUGGCGUCAGGAUCCACCAGCUGCUGCAGAGCCUUCAUGCUGCUCUCAGGCAGGGGGGCCGCUCUGACGCCUUAUGAUGAAUUGUUUAUUAGUGCUUUCUCCUUAGUGGAUAGCAACUCGAAGCUGUUAGAAAAAGAUUGUACAAAUGCAGUCUUCCUCCAAGGAGGAGACCUUACGCUGCUCUAUAGAUGCGUCUGUCUAAUGACGGGGGUAUUUAGCUGGCGAGCUCAGACAUUCCUCUUUCAGAGCCUCCUCAACCCCAAAGAGCAGCCUCUUCCAGAUGCUGCAUGCGCUGCAGUUCUUAUUCUAUUGAAGCAGCGGUGGUGCUCUGAGGUGCUUCAGCAGCACGAGAAGCAGCAGCAGCAAAGCCGGAUAACAGGAGGGUCGCAAGAACCAGCAGCAUCAGGAGCAACAACAGGAGCAGCAGCAGCAGCACAAGAAGCAGCAGCAGCAACAACAACAGCAGACGCAGAAACAGCAGCAACACAGGAGGAGGAGGGUGGUCUUAAUUUGAAUUUAAGCAUUUUAUCAUUUGUUAUGACCUCGCAACUCAUCAAUCGACACGAGCCGAUAGCAGAGGGCUCGGAGCGAAUCUCCUGCGUUUUAAAUUGGCUUAAGCUGGUUUUUUUACCUGGCAGCAGCAGCAGCAGCAGCAGCAGCAGCAACCACAACAGCAGCAGCAACAACAGCAGCAGUGAGGGGGAUGUGAGUCCCUUUUAUCGUAUGGGUCUGCUGCUGCUUCAGAGACAGGGUCAGUCUCUGCGGGGGGCUCUGGAUCGUUUGGCGUCGCAGAUGGAUGCGGAGGAGCUGCUGACGCAGCAGCAUCAGCAUCAGCAGCAGCAGCAGCAGCAGCAGCGGACACCUUUUCUGUUGGCAGGUGGGGCCCCUACUACUGCCGAAAAGAUUGAACUGGUGAAGCCCUGCAUUGGCAAAAGACAAACAAAUGCCGCUUCUGAACAACGCAUGCGUUUGGGGCUUGUCUGUAUGGUACUUGAGGAGGUGCGGGGCUUAGUACAGAAGGCGGUAGCCUCUUCUGCAAGCCUUAAACAGUAA